CGGCACCACAGUUAAUAACAAGAUAAAAAGCAGGUCCACCGCAUCUGAAGGCAGACACUCUGUUGAUUGUGUUCAAGAAAGACGAGGACCUCGCAGGCAUCAAUAUGAAUCCUGACGCGCUGCUCUAUCUGCUGUUGUUAGCUGUCACCCUGCCUACUGGACACUCUAUGUAUCAAGAUGACGUCAAGGCGUGGCCCUGCCCGAACCCAGAGGAGCUAGUCCCGUGCACCUGUUAUGCUGAUGAAGACCUCAAUCUCUUUGUGGACUGCCAGGACCUCCCCAACUUAGAAACGCUUCAAGAUGUCUUUGACGAGAAGUUUCCCUUUAAGAAAUUCUUCAGAUUGCAGGUCAGCAACAGCGAAUUCUCUAACGGGUCUCUGACGAAGGAGGUGUUCAAUGGCUUCAGCUUCCGUGAGGUGAUAAUGUACGAUAACAACCUGAUAAGCGUGGAACCCACCGCCUUUGAGGAUUCUUAUGCCGAGUUAUCUUUCUUCGAGUUUUCAGAUGACAUGGAAACCUUCCCUUUACCCGGUGAUAUGUCGGAUUUCACGGAGCUGCACGAAGUGGUGAUGUCAGUGAACUGCUCGAGCAUCCCUGAUCUAGUGUCACCCAAUGUUAUCUCGCUGUCCGUCAGAUGCUGGAAUGAAGCUGAACUCAAGUCAACUACCUUGAGCUUCACUAACUUGAUGACACUUCACCUGCACGACUCUUCCCUCACCACAAUAGACCCAGACAGCUUUCAAAAUUCUCCCAAACUUCUGACCGUGACCCUCAAUAGAAAUAAUCUUGAUGCUAUCGUCGAGCUGAACUUCGUAAACCUGUUAGAGCUCGACCUUAGUGACAGUUGUCUCGAGGACAUGCCACACAUUUUAGGAAUGCAGGAGAAUGGUGUGGUGAGGAUCUCAUACAACGAUGAAUUGAAAAAGAUGAAUGAAAAUAACACACUGGAAUUGAUAAACGGAAACGUGACGAUCGAAGCUGAAGGUGUUAGUCUGGGGUGUGACUGUAAUCUCCGGUGGCUUUUGGGGAAAAACGACGCGGAAAUGUACUUGAACAACGUUGUGAAGGUGGGCACAGACUGCCCACAGUCCACUAACUACACCAGAAAUAUCCUAAACCAGUUUUGUGGGUAAUAGGGGGUGAAGGAAGCGGUGUCCCACCCUUCCCCUACUAUUCUCUCUCACUCUCCUCUCUCCUUUCCCCCCUUUUCCCUCUCGUUCUCCUCUCCUCUCUCCUUCCCCCACCCCUC